UUUCAAAAAUCAUUUGUGAUCUUCAGAAGAUCAUAUUCUUAAUCAGAUGAUUGGUAAUUGUGGUUUCCUUUAUUGUGAUUUAAUAAUUUCUCUGAUAAUUUGUAUUAUUCAAUGGAAAAUACAGUGAGUUUUGCUGAAUUGAAUCUUGAUUGUUUGGUUUUAGUCUUUGAAUUUGUGAAGACAUUGGAAGAGCUGAUCAACUACUCUAAAGUUUGUAUCAGGUGGAGAUCAGCGAUUUUAACUCGAAUCGUUAAAGUAAAAUACUUGUUGUUUGUCGAUAAUUAUGAUGAUUCCAAUGCUCUUGGUGAUGAUCCUCUCAAACUUUACUGUUCUACCAAUGGACUCAAAGAAUUAUUCAAACAAAAAGAUGUUAUUAAUAAUUUUCCCAACUUGAGGAUUCUUGACAUCGGUAACUCUAGAACCUCUAAAGUUCCAUACAAAACCAUCUACAAGAAGCCUUCGAUCAAAGGGAUCAUCAGUAGUGGUGAAUAUAUUCUCAGACAUGAUUCAAUAAACAUCGAGAUGAUUUCUUGUAAUGAAUUGAAAAUCGCAUAUCUUAAUGGAAAACUUGUCAAGACCAAUAAGUGCACACAAUUGUAUGUCAAUAGUACUUUGCAAUUUGAGUGUAUUGAGAUAUUCCCCAAGCUAUUAAGGCUUCAUCUUGGAAAUGAUAAAUACGAUCAGAACUUUGAUUAUUUUUUUGAUUACUCGAACGGUUCAUGGCCAUUGGACAAGUUGAAAAUACUUGAGUUAUCAUUUGUUUUGGAUCAUGAUCAUAAGAAAUAUUUUUCUUUUCCAAGAUAUCGUGUAAUCGAUGAUUGUCCAUUAUUGGAAAGCGCUUUUGUCUACACUGGUACUUUAGGCCCGUUUGAUCUUAUGCAAGAUAAUAUAAAGCGCGUUACUCCAAAACUAAACUCUAAUUUGCGCGAUUUAGUUAUCCAAUGUACUGAAGGUGGUCAAACCUGGUUCUCUCUACGAGAGCUUCUGUUCAGUUUUCCCAAGUUGAAACAUCUCGCGAUUCGACAAAAUGAUAAUAUAACCGAUGAUAUAAUGAUAGAAUUGGUAGAAUGUGCACCUGAGGUAAUUCUAAUGGAUUUUCGUGGUUCAAAAGGAAUAACCAAACGAUCAGCUGAUUUUUUAAAUGAAUAUUGUUCUCAAUCUGGUCGAUCAUCAAUUACAAUUUAUUACAAUUGCGAAGACAAUGAACCGUCAGAUUGGCCGAAAAUAAUUAAAACUCACGACAAAGUUUGUUAUGGAUUCGAUUUCAUGAAACAUUGUUUCUUCAGAACUUUCCAAAGUCUCCCAAAUAUGUUAGUGGAUUGAUCGACAAUCAACCAGGUCACAUUUAAAAGCAUUCAAGUUACACCAAUAGACGAUUAACUCAUUACAAUCAACGAGUUGAAUUUUAGGAAUAUAAAUUCUAACUACAUAUUGAAUUGAGCUAAACCAUUAAAUGAGCUUAAGAAAUUAACAUAUUCUACCUUUAGAUUGAAACAAUAAUUAUUGGCACUUUUUUGAAUAAAUUCUUGUAGAAUUAUAUUAUCACUAAUUGCUGAUUAUGAAUCUUAAUUAGUCAUCGAAUCUAAAUUGUUCAAUUUAUGAUUAGCGCCUUAAACUUCACUGUCACCACCAAACGUGAUAAACAUUUUUGAAUGAGUUUAAAUUGUCCCUUUAAAGGGAAAAUUAGUUAUCAUGGCGAAACAUUUACCAGAUAAUUGCUUAAUGAUAAUAUUCAACUACUCUAAUCAACUUGAAGAUUUAAUCAAUUGGGCCAAAGUUUGUACUCGUUGGAAAGAUUUAAUUUUAUAUCGACUCAGUCAAGUGAAGUAUUUGUUAUUUUCAAGUUUCAAUAUUCCGAUAAGUGUUGAUUCAAUGAGACUUUAUUAUUCUGGAAGCUUAGUUUCACCCGGACAAGGAUAUCUAACAGAAUUGCUUCCUAAUCUAAGAAUUCUUGAAUUGGGACCUCUUUGUCUUUCGAGUUACAAAGAUCUGUUCAAACUCUUGGACCAUGAAUCGAUUAAAGUGGCCUUUGGUUCACCCGUUAACUUUGCCGCUGACACUUGUCCAGCUAAUCGUGGAGUCGCUUCCCUUGCGUUUCAAAAGCGGCUAAUUUCAAGUUGUGUCGCUCUAAAGCAACUUUACAUUAAGAAUAAUUUUCCAAGUUUUUACAUAAACUCAGAUUUGGAAUUAUUAUUGAGAUUGAAUCUUGACAGUGUUGCAUUAGCAUAUCUUUCCAUGGAGCCGACGCCAUUGCAAUUACCUCGACUCAAAAUUCUGGAAUUGGACUUUUCGAGGGCGAUGCCGCGUGACCAUUCAGGAUAUACUUUUAUGGACCAAUGUUCAUCACUAGAAAGUGCUUUUAUCAAAUCUGCAACUAAAACUUGUUCUGUUAAUGAGACUAAAAUCAAUCUUCAUCUACACGAUUUAGUUAUUCAAAACUCUGCGGAAUAUACUCAUGACUGGAAUUGUAUACGAGGAAUAUUAUGCAAAUUUCCUAACUUGAGACAUCUCGCAAUCAGAGAAAACGAUGAAAUUGCUGAUAUUAACAUUGAAGAAUUGGUGGACAUGUUACCAGCGAUAAAAUUGAUCGAUUUUCGUGGUUCAAAAGGAAUAACCAAACAAUCAGCUGAUUUUUUAAAUGAAUAUUGUUCUCAAUCUGGUCGAUCGUCAAUUACAAUUUAUUAUAAUUGCAAAGAUGAUGAACCGUCAGAUUGGCCGAAAAUAAUUAAAACUCACGACAAAGUUUGUUAUGGAUUCGAUUUCAUGAAACAUUGUUUCUUCAGAUAUUUCGAUAAUCUUCCAAUAAUAUUAGACCCAAAAGAAAAUCCUGAUUUAUGAAGAUUCGCCAAUCUAUUCUAAUAUAUUUAGUUAAAAGGGUUAAAAGGGUUAAACUGUUUGCUAAUUUUUAAAGUAAUUUAUGAGUUGAAAACUCGAUUUAAACUAAACUUUUUCUCGAGAAGCUGAAAGCUCAGUUUAUACAAAUUCUUAUAUUUUUCCAAUUGUUUUUAGCGAUUUUGAUUAGCGCGGUCAACUUAUUUUCGUCGUUUUGAAAAAUUGUCUCUUUCUCAUCUAAAAGUUUUUUUCUUAAAACUUAAAUUAUUUUCUUAACAUUUUGUGACCAACUGACAUUAAACCAAUUUCCACACCAA